AUGCGAGCGCCCCCUUCAUGGCCUUCGCCCUCUGCCCAGGCGAUCGCACGCCCUCGCGCCACUCAGGUGUCAUGCCCAUACGAGCCGAUAACAUACGCUCCCGCACGAAAGGGGACAUCUCCACUUUCGGCGCGCACACCUCGCAACUCCUCAACGGCUGCCUUCGCCCCCUAUUUACGGGCCAAAAUCAAGUGGAGGGAAACCAGCCAAACUCGGAAGGCCCUCAACAGGGCAGUGGCGAUACAACGCACCAACGGGUGUACCGUGCAGCUCCGCCACCUGCUCCGUAUCCAUGAAGCCGUAAAUCCAACAGGGGCCGAAUACCUUCGACUUGCCCACAUGGUGGAAUGGCCCAAAUAG